UUAGUUUAAUAAAAGUAAAAAAACAUCAACACAAUUGUGAUUUAUCCAUUUGAUAAACAAAGUUUUUUAAAUGGCAGAUUAUGCUCCAAAUGGGCUAACAAAAAAGUGAGUCCCAAUAAUAAAUUGUCACAAUUACACUUGGCUACAAUUAUUUUUAUUAUUUUUAUAAAUAAAAAAAACAAGAAAAGUUAUUGUCAAUAAAUGAUAACAAUAAUUUACAAGUUUUUAUAUAAAAAAAUUAAAUAAAAAAAAAGCUAAUACAAUGGCCGAAAAAACCCUAAAUGACAUUGUUGUAAGUUGUGGAUCUAAUAUACCAGAAGUUGUUGAAGGCAUGGAGGGUUUAUCAGUUGAUGUUGAAAUGAAAGAUUAUCAACCAAAAAAAUAUUCAAUGAGAAAAAGAGUUGCUACAGUACCACUUGAAAUGGAAGUACGAAACAGAAGAUGCAACAUGAAACCAAAAAAACGUAGUUAUUCAACAAUGGAAAAUGAUAAAGAAAUACGUGAAUAUUAUCUUGAUAAAAAUCUUAAAAAACGUACAACAACAACAUUAGAAACAAUUUAUGAAGAAAUUGAUGGUAUGAAUGAAAAUUCAACAGUUAUUAGUGGAAGAAAACUCAAAAGAUUAAUACAAUUUAAUGAUAAAAAUAAACAAAUGAAUGAUGCUAAAAUUAAAAAACGAAAAAAUAAAAUAAAAAGAUCAUUUGGUUCAAAAAUACGUUUAAAAACAAAUAAUAUAUCAAUGCCAGCAUUUUUAAAAAAAUUAAACAGUAUUAUGAGUGAUUCAUCAACACCAUCAACAUCAACAGCAUCAACAUCAAAUUCAUAGUAACAACAUAAUGAAGUAGUGUGAAAAUUUUUUUAACUUAAAAAUUAUAAAAUAUUUAAAGUUAAUAAUUAUUUAAGAUUAGUAUUAAUAUUGUUUUUUUUUUUUU